AUGAAGCCGCAGGUGGACCGGGUUGUCACCCAAGCCAAGGCCGCGCGCGCUAUGCUGCGACCGGUCUUACAAUCCAGGCUGCAGCUGCGGACGAAAGUAGGCAUUUAUAAGACCUACAUUCGUUCGCGGCUCACAUAUGCCGCCCCCGCAUGGUACGCACUGUGCUCGGCCUCACAGCGGCGGAGACUGCAGGUCCAACAGAACGCCGCCCUCCGUCUGUGCACAAAUGCCGGACGGUACGUCCGUAAUGACGUGAUCGCCCGCGACCUCAAGGUCCCAUCGGUGGAGCAGUUCGUCGUCCGGUUGACGCGCGCGAUGUUCUCGCGCGCGGACAGCGGGCGCGAAGCGCACCUGCGCGACCUCGCCCCUCUCCACGCGCGCCCACCGGACGCCACUCGCGCGCUCCCGCGCGAC